AUGGCUUUCAUGCUGAAAAAGCCCAUCAAGGGCGAGCCCCGCGCGGCUGAUGACCAGAGCAUCAUCCCCGGAACAGUCACUAAUAUUACGAAGGAUACAGACGACGACGAUGCAAUCCUCCGGGCAAACGGCCAUCAGACGGCGAUGCCUCGCCAGUUCAACUGGCUCUCUGCUCUUGGGCUGGGCUUUUCAAUCACCAACUCUUGGGUUGGCUAUCUAAGCUGUUUCGGCCAGAACCUGACAUAUGGUGGCGCUCAGACCUGUAUAUUCAGUCUGAUAGUAGCUUUCAUAGUUCAGUUUAUCGUGACCUUGGGACUCGCUGAGCUAGGGUCUGCCUUUCCUUCUAGCGGUGGGCAGUAUCACUUCUGCUAUAUCCUGGCCCCCGAAAGGACGAGGAGAUACAGUGCAUAUAUUGUUGGCUGGCUGUCAGUCUUAGCAUGGUGGAUUGUCACCUGCUCCGGUAUCUCCCUUGCUACCGUCGUUCUGAAUGGUAUUGUACACUUUUGCUCAUCUGGGUAUAUUGCCAAUCAGUGGCAGACAUAUCUUACCUAUGUUGGUGUGUCAGUUGUUACGAUCAUCCCAGUAUUUGCCGCAUCUAACAGAAUAUCACUCGUAACUCAGGUUGCGCUUUAUCUCUCGUUAUCAGGCUUCGUCAUCUUUCUUGUUGUUUCCAUUGUCAUGCACCAGCACAUGCAGCCACAAUCUUUUCUACUCCAAUCGGGGCAGGGAAACAGCGGGUGGAACGAAGGCACUGCCUGGCUACUGUCUAUAAGUAAUGCUAUGUAUGCGUUUGGCGGUGUGGACGGAGUCAUUCACAUUUGUGAAGAAAUACCCAAGCCAGGAAAGCGAGUUCCGCAAAUCAUGGUAAUGACGAUGAUGAUAGGAUUACUCACAUGUCUUCCAGUAUUCAUUGUCUUCAUGUAUUUUACCAUUGACAUGGAGGCAGUACGGGAGGCACCUCUUCCCAGUCUUGAGCUGGUAUACCAAAUGUUAGUGUUAUAA